GUUUUCCCGCGAAAAGUAUGUAUUUCCCGGCAAAAUUCUGAGAGCUUUUUUUGGAUUUCAAGAGAAAGGAAUUUGGUUUGGCUAUCAUGGACGAAUCAUUCACUCCAAUGUCGUCUUUUCAACAUGACCACGUCCAACGAUUGAUAAAGUCGAACCGCUACAAGUCACCUUCCAAAACAAUCUACUCCAACAGGUUCAUUCCUAGCAGAUCCGGUUCCAAUUUUGAUUUCUUCAAUCUACCUCCGUCGUCCUCGUCAGAGGACAGUUGCAGUUGCAGUCCCUACAGCACCGCGCUGCGAAGUGCCUUGUUCGGACCAGACACUCCCGAUAAAUUUGAAAGCCCUAAUAUAUUCCGUUACAAAACGGAGACUCGAAAGUCCUUGUAUUCUCUCUCACCCACCCCCUUUACUUUCCAGGAUGACCUUCUCCCUGGUUAUGACCACAAUCAAAAACCUCCUAAGCGUCCUCGCAAGAUUCCUCCUUCGUCUUUUAAGGUUUUGGACGCCCCUGCCCUGCAAGACGAUUUUUAUCUGAAUCUCGUGGAUUGGUCCUCCAACAAUGUCUUGGCUGUGGCUCUGGAGACCUCUGUUUAUUUGUGGAAUGCUUCUAGCAGCAAGGUAACUAAAUUAUGUGAUUUGGGGAUUGACAACUCAGUUUGUUCGGUUGGCUGGGCUCCACUUGGUACCUACCUGGCUGUUGGAUCAAACAGUGGUAAAGUCCAGAUUUGGGAUGUAUCUCAAGGCAAGUCAAUAAGAACUAUGGAGGGUCAUCGUUUACGUGUUGGAGCUUUGGCCUGGAGUUCUUCUCUUUUGUCUUCUGGUGGCCGGGAUAAAAGUAUUUAUCAACGAGAUAUUCGUGCACAGGAGGAUUUCAUCAGUAAACUGUCUGGACACAAGUCAGAGGUCUGUGGACUGAAGUGGUCUUGUGAUAACCGUGAGCUAGCAUCCGGAGGAAAUGACAACAGGUUGCUUGUUUGGAAUCAAAAGUCAACCCAGCCCGUCCUGAAGUUCUGUGAGCAUACAGCAGCUGUUAAAGCUAUUGCGUGGUCUCCUCAUGUAAGUGGACUUCUUGCAUCUGGAGGAGGAACUGCGGACCGAAACAUUCGAUUUUGGAAUACAACCACAAACACACAGUUAAACUGUAUCGACACUGGUAGUCAGGUUUGUAACCUUGUUUGGUCUAAAAAUGUGAAUGAACUUGUAAGCACACAUGGUUACUCCCAGAACCAGAUAAUAGUUUGGAAAUACCCCACCAUGUCAAAGCUAGCAACUCUUACAGGCCAUACUUACAGAGUUCUUUAUCUUGCCAUAUCUCCUGAUGGACAGACUAUCGUCAGUGGGGCUGGAGACGAAACUCUUAGGUUUUGGGAUGUAUUCCCUUUGCAGAAAUCACGGAAUACCGAGAGUGAAAUUGGUGCAUCUUUUGGGAGAACUAUCAUUAGAUGACUCUAGCUGACAUAUUUCUUGACAGCCGCACAAGUGGCUAAAGAAAUUUCAGAACAGCUAGAAGACGGUGGAGAUUUUUUUUUUUGUGUAUGUAAAAGAAAAGCAUCGGCGUGGUCUGUUUUUUCUAACUGGGGAAGUUCGUGGAUGCUAUGAUUUACAAUAUAGCUGCCAACAAUGGAAAUCCACGCCUUUCACCUGUUUUUUUAAUUGAACUUUGAUAUGUACAUGUUGAGGGAGUCGAGGCAUUUUUGGUUUUCUCCCAUUGUUCUUUCCAGUUAACGCGACUUGCGUUAUAUUUGAAUAAUUUGCCUGUAACAACGGAAUAGUGUUUGUAUAUAAAUACUUUCUUGAGAUGGUGUUAAUUUAUAAGGGUAAGUUUGGUGUC